AUGUCGGUGAAAUUUAUAUCUUCAUGCAGAGAAAGAACGAUUAAUAAAAGGCUCAACUCCCAAAAUAUGGCACUCUUCGUUUUUCCCUCUUUAUCCUUCAACAGAACGAAAUAGAAUAUUGUAUUUGUAUUUUGUAAAAUUGUUUUGUAUCUCAGGCAAAAUGGUAAUCUUAAAAGUUGCGUGUAUUAAACGUGUUUACAUUUAAAACAAAAAAUAUUGUAAUUUUUAAUAUAAAAACUCAUUUUAUAUGAUAUAUAUACAUGUAAAAUAUAUAAUAUGUGUAAUAUUUUCCUUUAUUUUUGUCUGUCCUUUUUCCUGCUGAUACGUAUAUAAAAUUCACUGAGAAAGAUCCAACAGCUGCUUUAGCUUUUGUAUGUAAUUCAAAUUACAUGUUGCUUAAUUCAAAUUCAAAUUCAGGUUAUCAUAGGUUAAUUCAAAUGCAGGCGCGUUUUCUCGAAAAGUGAAAGUGUUGACGCAAUAACUGCCAAACUUAUGCUUUCAACGGGUACCAAGAGAAUUUUCAUUAUUAAUAAGUUAUUAAUAAGUAAUUAUGUUUAUGCAUAUAAACAUAAGCGUAUGAUGACAAAAUAAGAAGUAUAAUCCGUUAUCCUAUAGUUUAUAGUUUAUCUUGUUGAUGACCACCGUGACCCUUCGAUACACUCAGUCACUCCUGAUAACUUAUUUUUCAAAUAUAACAGCCCGAGGAAGAUUAUACUAUAAAGAUCAUUUUGCAAAAGGCAAAAGAAUGAAAGGCGAAAAUUUUACAAAGUAUGUUAUUACAAAAAGAGAAAAAAAUGUUGCGAAUCAUGACUCGAAAAAUACUAUAAAUUAGUAUAAAUUAGUAUAAAUACUAAUUAUUUAAUUACUAUAAUUAUUAUAUUUAAUUUACUAUAUUACUAUAUUUUUAUUAUAUUACUAUAUUUAACUAUAAUUACUAUAAUUAAUAAUACUAUAAUUAAUUAUAGUAUAUAAAUUAGUAUAAAUACUAAUUACUUAAUUAUUUAAUUAUAAUUAAAUUAGACAAAAUUAGUCACUACAUGGCCAUUUAAGAUGCUUCAACACAAUACACCGUGUAUAAUUUUCGAGUUUGAAUAAAUAUAUAAUUUUAAUGGAUCAUGCAUCUAUUUAAUAAUAUAAUUUAAAUAAGCAUGUAAUUCUUAAUUUCAAAUAAAUAUAUAUAACGUUUAAAAUUCAAAUCUUUAAUCCUUGAACAGUGCUUUCUCUUUUAUUUCAUAAUAUUCUUUAGUUAGCUAUGGAUGUUCAACAUCUUUCAGUUGACAGAAUUCACAGUUCAAUUCACUUUAUCUUUGUUCUGAGAACAUUUGAUACACUCGGAUCACUCCUAGUUAGCUAAAUGUAUCCGACACACUAUCGAAAGAGAUACGAACUAACAAUAAUAAGCGUUUAUAUCUCAUUUCCACUCAUAACAUGUAUCUCAUAUAUAAUAUCGCGAUAUCUAUACCUCUGUCUGAAAGAAUGAUAUUCACUGUUACAUUAUUAUUUAACAUACGUUCGUAUUUUACGAAUCGAGUGUUUUUUAUCAAAAUUAUUUCUCAGAACGUACAAACCGGUCCAAUCGGAACCAAGGAACAGCGUACACUUUGAUGCAUCUGCAAGAAAGCAUCUUAUUCAAGGCGUACAAUUCAUGAAAGGCACAUUCAUCGUUUUUAAACGAUAAAUUUAUCGUUCUUACUAAAAAUAUUGAUAGAAAUAAGAUGACGUAGCCGUUGAAUGCAUAUAAAAGACGGGAUCCCGCGAUCUACAGUCUGCGAUCUACAGUUUCGUGAUCAUUUCUGUGAGAAUCUGUGAAGUGGUGCAAAAAUGGUACGUUUCUGUUUCAAUUUGCCUAUUUACACGUUUCGAUAUGCACAUUCUUGUUUAUUGUCACGUAUUGUCAUUUAAGUGUAUUCACAAGUUUUUUUUCUUUUUCAGAAAACAAUUGUAUUUCUCACUGUGAUCCUCAGCAGUGCAGUGUGCACACCUAGAUUGAGCCUUCGUACGACAGACUUCAAAGACAUAGAUUAUGUUGACAAACAAUUAUACAUAACAUAUCCAAAUGCAGAAAGUGUGAAUUUAUCUGAACUUGGUAUAGAGAACAUUCCGCGGGGAAUGAUCAACAGUACUUCGAUUAGAUCGGUCUCUUUGGCUGGCAAUAAGCUCAAAUCGGUAGAGGGGCAUGUGUUUGACGAGACGCCAAAUUUAGAAUACCUAAAUCUCGCUGGGAACAGCAUUUCGAUCGACGAUUUCGAGAUCGAGCAUAACAAUUUGAAAGUGUUGAUUCUCGAUUUUCAAAACAGUACCGAGAUAACGGAUCCGAAUUUGCUCGUCAAAGAAUUGAAGAUACGCUUGCCGAGCGUAGAGGUUUUGUCGUGGAAGGGGUUGAACCACGAGUUGCUACUUUCGUGGAUGAAGUCUUUCCCAAGUUUGACGACGGCUUAUUUAUCAGACAGCAAUUAUAUACAAAUGAUCAACACAAGCGCAAUAAUCGACAACGCAUACAAUUUAAGAAACUUUCAUUUAGAACGGGACAUAAUCGACGAGUUUGUCAUGGACGCGCCGGGGAACAUGGAGGCGCUCUAUUUAGACGAAAAUCCGCUGAAGUAUUUUUGGAUAAAUCCGAACUAUCAUAGUUUGAAAAUCCUCUCUCUGUCGAAUUGUUUGUUAAGCGAAAUACCUGUGAUUUAUUCGUUACAAGUGUUGGACAUCUCUCACAACGAAAUCCGCUCCGUUGCAUUCGACACGUUGCAACACAUGCCUCUAUUAAGAUAUUUGAACUUGAGCAACAAUAAAUUAACAACAUUGCCGGAGGUGCAUCAUUUGAACAAACUCGAGACACUGUCGUUAAGCAACAACUUAAUUAGCAACGUUACCGACAUAUUUAUGACGAAUUCGUUAAAAAUGUUGAACCUAAGAGGGAAUGAUAUCGACAACAUCGACGUAGCCGAGUGGUGGCAACUCAACAGAUUAGAAUACUUAGACUUGUCGCGGAACAGAUUGAACUCGUUGCCUUCGAUGUGGCAUAAAAGCAUGCCGAUGCUGAAACGUUUGAAUUUAGAGUUCAACAAUUUCGUAAGCUUAGAGAAUAUACAGAUCUACAAUUUCAUCGAUCUGAGAGAAGUAUAUUUGAAAAAUAAUAAUAUCACUUAUGUAGAUGUAAAUCAAAAUAUUUUACGAUUAAUACCGAAAAGAUGUACCGUUUAUGUAGUUUGAUACUUCGUACAAACAAUUGUGAUUAUUACGUCGAGAGUGUAUUGUCUAUAUUCAUACGUCACAUUAUUAUUUAUUAUCAUCACUGUCACGUUGUUGCAAUAAAUUCUAAAAUGCUCCAA